CGGUGCUACUGGCGGGAGGAGUAAAGAUGGCGGUGCAGGGGUCUCCGCCUUCUGCUCCCGGCUGAAGCGCUCCGAGGGAAGCUGCAGCGGCAACUGGGGCAGCAAUAGCAAUCCAAGGGUGGUAGUUUCAGCAGCAGCUGCUGAGGCCAGAGCAAUGGCUGAGCUAGAGCACCUGGGCGGGAAGCGGGCAGAGUCUGCGCGAAUGCGGCGGGCUGAGCAGCUUCGGCGCUGGCGGGGCUCGCUGACAGAGCAGGAACCCGCGGAGCGACGAGGCGCGGGGCGGCAGCCGCAGACUCGUCGCGGGAGCCCUAGGGUCCGCUUCGAGGACGGUGCUGUUUUCCUGGCCGCUUGCUCUAGCGGGGACACCGACGAGGUGAAAAAGCUUCUGGCCAGAGGUGCCGACAUCAACACGGUCAACGUGGACGGCUUGACAGCCCUGCACCAGGCCUGUAUUGAUGAAAAUUUGGACAUGGUGAAGUUUCUGGUGGAGAACAGAGCCAAUGUAAACCAGCAGGACAACGAGGGCUGGACACCCCUUCAUGCAGCAGCUUCCUGUGGUUAUCUCAACAUAGCAGAGUAUUUCAUUAACCAUGGAGCCAGUGUGGGUAUUGUGAAUAGUGAAGGUGAAGUCCCCUCUGACCUUGCAGAAGAGCCUGCCAUGAAGGAUCUUCUUCUGGAGCAAGUGAAGAAGCAAGGAGUUGAUCUAGAGCAGUCACGAAAAGAAGAGGAACAACAGAUGUUACAGGAUGCCCGCCAGUGGCUCAACAGCGGGAAACUAGAGGAUGUAAGGCAGCCUCGCUCAGGGGCCACAGCCCUCCAUGUGGCUGCUGCCAAGGGCUACUCUGAGGUCCUCAGACUUUUAAUCCAGGCUGGCUAUGAACUCAAUGUUCAGGAUUACGAUGGCUGGACUCCCCUCCAUGCUGCUGCACACUGGGGAGUGAAGGAGGCUUGCUCCAUCCUGGCAGAAGCACUCUGUGACAUGGAUAUCAGGAACAAACUGGGCCAGACACCAUUUGAUGUGGCUGAUGAGGGUCUGGUGGAGCACUUGGAGAUGCUCCAGAAGAAGCAGAAUGUGCUUCGAAGCGAAAAAGAGACACGGAAUAAGCUCAUUGAGUCAGACCUGAACAGCAAGUUGCAGAGUGGACUUUUUAAGAAUAAAGAGAAGAUGCUUUAUGAAGAAGAGGUAUCCAAGUCCCAAGAAAUGGAGGAAGAAAGCAAAGAGUCUAGCAGCUCCAGCUCAGAGGAGGAGGAAGGUGAAGAUGAAGAUGAAGCUUCUGAGUCAGAAACUGAGAAGGAAGCAGAUAAAAAGCUAGAAGCCAUUGUCAACCAUUCCAACUCUGAAAGCAAGAGUAUUAUCACCGAACAGAUACCACCACCGGCUCAGAAUACCUUCUCUGCCUCUUCAGCUCGGAGAUUCUCCUCCAGCCUUUUUAAUAAGCCAGAAGAACCCAAAGAUGAAUCUCCUUCUUCGUGGAGACUGGGACUCAGAAAAACUGGCAGCCACAACAUGCUGAGUGAGGUGGCCAAUUCUAGGGAAGCUCUAAGGGACCGAGGCUCUUCCAUCUACCGGUCAUCAUCAAGCCCUCGGAUUUCUGCUCUGCUGGACAACAAAGAUAAGGAGAGAGAAAACAAAAGCUAUAUUAGUUCACUAGCACCCCGGAGGCUCAGCAGCACAAGUGACAUUGAAGAAAAGGAGAACAGAGAAUCAGCUGUUAAUCUAGUGAGGAGUGGUUCAUAUACACGGCAGCUGUGGAGGGAUGAAGCAAAGGGAAGUGAAACUCCACAGACAGUUGCUCCUUCUACCUAUGUAUCGACCUACUUGAAAAGGACUCCUUACAAAUCCCAGGCUGACUCAACAGCAGAGAAAACAGCAGACAAUGUCUCUUCUAGCACCCCGCUCUGUGUGAUCACUAAUCGCCCUCCACCUAACACUGCCAAUGGGGUUACAACUGCCACUCUGCUCUCCACUCCUGGAACAGACUCCUCUGUGGAAGCCAGGGACAGGAGGAGGUCAUAUCUGACUCCGGUGCGGGAUGAGGAAGCAGAGUCUUUACGGAAAGCACGCUCCAGACAAGCUCGGCAGACUCGAAGGUCUACUCAAGGCGUGACACUAACAGACCUUCAGGAAGCAGAAAGGACUUUCAGCCGGUCGAGAGCAGAACGGCAAGCUCAGGAGCAGCCUAGCCAGAAGUCCACAGGCACUGAAGGGCUUGAAGGAAGCUCGGAGAAGCAUGAGCCCUCAGCGGUCCCAGCAAAGGAAGCUGGCGAGGGCCGUCAACCCUGGGGUGGGAGUCUGGAUGAAGAACCUGUCUAUCGUCGCCUGAGGUAUCCAGUUCAGCCAGACAAACCCACAACACCAGUGUCUCCUUCUGCAUCAAGAUCCUCUCUCUAUACCAGUUCCCAUCUGCUGCAGACAAGCAGAUCUUCAGUCCCUGACUCUGAGAGUCCGGAGACCACCACAAACGCUGCAGUUGCAAAGGAAAUGGACAAAAAUGAGAGUGAAGAAGCAGAUGUGGAUGAUCAGUCCUCUACUAGACUGUCCAUCCGUGAGAGGAGGCGGCCCAAGGAACGACGACGAGGCACGGGCAUCAAUUUCUGGACAAAGGAUGAAGAUGAAACUGACGUCUCUGAAGAGGUAAAAGCAGCACUGCAUGAAAGACUUUCUAGGUUGGAAUCAGGAGGUAGUAAUCCUACAAGCAGCGAUUCUUACGGUGACCGGGCCUCAGCAAGAGCCCGCCGCGAGGCCCGGGAGGCCCGCCUUGCCACCCUGACUAGCCGCGCGGAGGAGGACAGCAACAGGGAUUAUAAAAAACUCUAUGAGAGUGCCCUGUCCGAAAACCAAAAAUUGAAAACAAAACUUCAGGAGGCCCAGCUAGAGCUAGCAGAUAUAAAGUCCAAGCUUGAGAAGAUGGCCCAGCAGAAACAAGAGAAGACCUCUGACCGAUCAUCAAUGCUGGAGAUGGAGAAACGGGAGAGGCGAGCCUUGGAGCGGAAAAUGUCAGAGAUGGAGGAGGAGAUGAAGGUGUUAACAGAACUGAAAUCCGACAACCAGAGGCUGAAAGAUGAAAAUGGUGCCCUCAUCAGAGUCAUCAGCAAACUAUCCAAAUAGACUAGGCUCCCGAUUUAGGAGGGAAAGGGCAGGAUUUGCUGCCCCACCCCUCUUCUACAGCCAUUGCCUUCCAACCAAAAGAAGUGAAUAUUUUGGUGGAAGGACAACGUCUUUCUGACCCUCCUCCAGUCACCUCCUCUGCACUGUACAUUUCCUCUGCACUCUCAGUGCCCUGUUCCUCCCAUGCCCCCCCACCCCCUGAGUUUUAUGACAGUUUUAAUUGAAGCAUGAUUGUGAUCAUUCAAGCCAUCUGGAGACGGCCUUGGGGAGUACACCAGGCUCAGCUGUGGACCCCAGCUUCCUGCUGCUCAGCUACUUGUCCACAUUGGAUUUGGUCCAAACAUGUAAGGCCUCUACCCAAACCAGUACCCCACAGCCUUUUACACUGACCCAGUGUCCUCUGAUAUAGGUGAGUCUUACGGUGGCCAUUCCAGGAUCCUGUCUGGGAUGCCAAGAGAAACAGGAUGUUGGCAUAAUCAUCGGACGGCCUCUGGAGCUCUGUUUCCAUUAGAUUCCAAGGUGACAGUGACUCUGCAUUGAAGGUCUCUGCUAGUCUGCACCUCUCAGGAACUGACUUUUCUCUGACUCCUUGCUGGUGUUACUGUUACUUUUUCUAUCAACAACCCAGUAACAUCCCUGAUUAGUCUUAAUUCCUGUUCUUCCUUCAUGCCUGGCCCCCUUCCCCAGGGCUCAGAUGACCCUGGCUUCCUUUAUUCCUUUCCUUUCUGUCUCCCCUCCCCCACCUUACACAUGGUGUAAAAGCUAGAACAGAGCACCUGACCUCACUUGUCUUUGGCCAUUGUGGAAAAUCAUUUCUCCUGGGGUGCUCUGGAGACCAGAAGAAUUGCCUUGGCGGCACCACGGGCCAUCUUGCCGAAAAGCCAGACCCUGGCAUAAGUGCCAGCCCGCUGCUCUCAUCUCCCACUUGUUUUCCCUACACAGUGAUUUCCUUUAUUAGGGAAUCUGGGCUCUGGACACCCCGCUCUGCCUCACCUCCUUUCGACCUUGUUUUCCUCUCUUCACUCGGGCACCUGCUCCUAAUGAGAAAGGAAGUCCUUGUAAGGAGGCAUGAGAGCUGGGGAGGGUGGUUGGGUGGGAGGCGGACCAGGGAGUGGAAGCAGGUCGGAAAGACAUAUAUGGUGUAAGUAGAGUAUCUGGGGACACUUGCAACCUUGUGACAAAGAAGACAGAAGAUAGAUCGUGCUGUGGUAAUGGUGGUGAAUGUGAUUGAUUGUUUCCGGUGGCGAGAUUUAGGGGAGAGGCAUCUGUUUUCUUAGAAGCCAACAGGAGAAAUGACUUCUUACUAGAGGUCUGAAGUGGUGAGAUCCUCCCAACCCAUUGAUGAGAGUCACGGAAUCCCAAGAGUGGCAAAGCCCAGAGGUCAUUUGGUUGAGCUUUCUGUUGUCAUGUGACAGGGACCCCCACCUGCACCCCACUGCCCCAGCUCUGACCCAUAGUCAGGUAGCCGUGCAUUUAUUCCUCGAAAGGUGGGCAACUCUGAUAACCAGAAAGCUUUUACUAAGAUGAGUCAGAGUCUGUCCCUGGGUGCUCCACACGGUCCAUAGUGCCCUUUGAUGUGACAGCCCCUUGUGUAGUUGGUCACCUCCCCUUAACCUUACUUCGAACUGGCGUUUUCCCGGUCCUUUAAGGCAUUCCUCACAUAGCAUACUUCUCCUGCCUGUCACAUCUCAUCUGUCCUCGUCUGGACAAAAACAGCCUUUGAAAAUAUCAUGCCCAAACCUGGACAGAUACUCCGUUAGCACAAAAUUAAAUGGUUGGUCCUUGAUGAUGACCCCAUAGUAAUAUCUAACGUAUUUGGUCUUUAUAGGCAUUUUCUCCCUUGGUUGGUUUAUUUUGAGUGUGCAGGUCAUUUAAGUCCUCCUCAUUUGCCCGUGGUAUUCAGUGCUUAGAGUGGUCCAUUCUCUUAACAUAUACCACCUCUGUCCAUUUUUUAAUCUCUUUUCCGAAAAUGACAAUGUAGUUCUCCAUGGCCCUCUGAAACAUUACAUGCUCGUUAAACCAGAGUUUAUCAUUCAAGAGCCUAAUUCCAGAAUAGGAAAUAUGUCUCCUCUAGCAAGACCCCAUUUUUAGAAUACCCAAAAUUCUCUCUUCCGUUUCCAACCAUUUUCCAAGAGAAGCUACUACUGAUUAGGAUUUGGUGUGAGCAUGGGAGCGCUGUCAGCUCAGUUCUCAGGGAAUGCUAAAUUAGAGUAAAAUGUUUCCUCACUUCCACUAUAAACGUCGUCUUCAUUCUAGGGAGAGGGAAAAUCAAAACAAGGUGUUGACUAGUUGAUUCUCCUGGCACAUCCUGGAUAUUGGGCAAGGCAUGGGGGUGGUUGCUGCCUCUUUCUCAGGAAAAGAAAACUGAAUUAUUAGGAAAACAUUUGACCCUCUCCCAUUAGAUAGACCGGGUAAAGGGGUUACAGAGAGUUCCCUCAUCUGUUUGUGCCUUUCAAAAGCGUGGGACAGAAUCUAAAAACUCUUAGGUUGGUGUUAUGGCCUGCUGCUUCACACAGCCCUUUCACAUUAAAGAUGCCUUUUCUUGCCAGAAAGUUUUCCUUGUGAUGAAAAAUUUACAAGCUUUUCAAUCUCAGGAAUAUUGGAUUCUAUGACCAAGAAAUCAUGAAAGUGUAAACCAUCCUAGGCAAUUUCAGGCACUCUCUCUUAUACAAUUAAUUUUAUUAGACAGAUAGACUCUGAAUUCUGGUCCUUUCCCAGAGAAUAAAAUACCCUUUCUUCACAGUUGCUUUGACCGGAAGCCCCAGGAGUGAUGGUUAGAGACCUAAUGACCAGCCGUGUGCUCCGGGUGCCAACAGCAGCAGGCCUCCCUCCUCUUGUGCUGUUGGUCUGUUCAGUGGCCACAUACCUUCUGUCCUCAACCUACUGGUUUGGAUACCUGAGAGCACCCCAGAUAGCUCAAGCUGCAUGAGUACUGCCGGUCUGGCCAACAAUUUGGGGCUCAGCUGUGCUGUGUCACUUUUAGGGUCUUUACAUGAAAUAUCAGAAUGGGGAUGAGAAGGUUCUUGGUACAACUUUAUAUCCUCUGUUCUCAUUAAUUUGAUAUUUUUCAAAGCAAGCCACACCUUUGAGAGUAAUGAUUCAGCCAUUCCAGAGAUUCUCUGGCUGAGGUUUCACUGCUUCGCCUAUUUGUCUUUCAAGGGCUGCUUACUCUUUUCCAGAUAGCUCUUGGGCAUGAUGACCCCUAGUCCCAGUCUCUAGUGCAACAGAGUUAUGCAAAUCUUGGGGUGUUGCCUCUAAAGAAUCUAAAGAAUAGACAUGCCCUGGGUUUGUUCAGUGCACUAAAUUCCCUAUUGGGCAGUCUCACUUGAUAUGUCCUGGAACCUCCCUGCUUUUUCUGUCCAACUGCAGGAUGUGUUAGCUUCUCUUCUGCGCCUUCCUGUCUCCCACCCCAUGUUUGGGGCCAGGAUGUAUUUAUUGCUCUGUGAGGCCACGUGCUUCUUCUGCCCAAAACAAAACGUCCUUAUUCGACAGUUCUGCCCAGAAACGAGAAGGCUGAAACUCCGUGUAUUAGCCUGUGAAUCCCACAAAAACGUGUGUGAACUACUGUUUUGCUAUCAGGGGCUUUUAAGUGAGCCAGGGGUGAGAGGAGAAGAAACGCUCAAAGCCACGCAUUUGGUUUGGUCUCUGGAUUUCUGGCCCCAGUGCAGCCUCCCCUAGCCAGAUAGACUGCCUCCCCUCGGACAAAGGCCGGUGUUUCCGUCCUGAUCACGUUGGCGGUCCUGUGGCAGGAGAAGCAUGGAGAUGAGAGAUGGGCUAUUGAAAAGAUUGCCAGUUAUUCAGCUUCCAGGCUGCUCUGCCCCACAAAAGGAAAAGCCUAAAGGAUUCAGCAACUGAGCCACUAGGCAGGGGGAAUUCCUGAUACCAACCCGCUGGGGGAGCCACUGGUUCCCCUGGAGCUUAACACUGAGGUGACCCUACCUGGGCGCUGGCUGGGGGCCUUCCCUCCUGGCCAUUCCCAGGGGCCACUGUUCGUGCUAGCACCACACCCAACUCUAGACACACAGCAGCCCCAAAUCUAGGCCCAAUUAUAACUGCAGAUCUUGGUCCCCACACUGAUUUUUAAGGCAGGUUUCAACCUAUCAAAGGAUGUGAGUCCUCUCACCCAAUAAGCAAGGCAGCUUUGAGGGCAGAAAAAGGCAAGAGGAAGGGAUAAGCCCCUAGGAGUCAGAAUAGCUGGGUUCUAAGGCCAGCUCUUAUUAGCCACGUGACCUUGGGAAAGUCACCUUCCCUGUCUGCAGAAUGCAGUUGGACUGGAUCGUCCUUAAGAUCCCUUCCAGGCUUACAAUUUCUAUUCCUAGGAAGAUCAGGACAUUUCUUAAACUUGAAAUUUUUACUCUUGUUUUCUUCUGACUGUUUUAACAUUAGCACGUCAAGGUUGACUUCUCAUCCUUGUUAGAAAGUGAAUUUAAUAUUGAGGGUAAUUGAAUGGUGUUGCAAUUGCUUUCCCUCCUAAUGGCUUGGUAAGAAUAUUAAAACCUGCAGAGGUGGAAAUUGGAGCUCAUGGGGAAAUGGAUAGAAAGCAAUUUGUUGCAGGCAGCCUUUGGACAAGUUGUUUUAAUAGGAAAUAGAGCUGCUGCUUCAUAGAUUGCCUCAGCCCUCUCGAAUGUGGUCUAUGUGGCCCUUAAUAUCCAAAGGGCAGACAUUGCCUUUCUGCUUAGCACCAGCUUACACAUAGUCUUAAAGUCUGCCCUACAGCAGCAAGAGAAUUUUCCUCAAUGAAAACCUCCACUUUUUAGUUCUGUGGAGCCCCUCUGGAUUCUGGACUAUCGGAAGUAGGAGGUUCUAGUGCUGUUGAGGAUGAUCCUUCCUUUAAGCAGGUCUGCAGAGGAGACUACCAGUGCAGGAAGAAGUCAUAGACCCUAAGUCCACACAGCCGUAUUGCAUAGAACAGCACUUAGCUCUGAAAAGCCUCCUGCAGGACUGGGUGUGAGUGGAGUGAAAGGACAGAGACCCUGCAAGUGAAGGUGGCCCGUGAGCUUGGGUGGGAAAGUGGGAAGGAGGCAGAACGAAGAGCGGGGCGGAGGCUGCCAGCACCGGAGGAGGGGGUCACUGAGAGGCAGAGCUGCGUGCAGGGAAAUGAGUGCUGGUCGCCGGUACCCUGGUCCCUUGGCCUCCAGCAGAGCGGAGAUUUUAAUCAGCUUCCCUAAUGGGUAUCGACAUUGCUUGGGAGCAGUAGACCCUAUCAAGGACAGCUAUUGAUCACUUGUGUUCUGAUUAGAUUAGAUUGGAAAACAGAUCAACUUGAUUGCGGCGCAGGCGCUGUUACUGUCACAGCUACCAGGGAGGAGGUAGUCUUUGGGGGCUGAUAAAAACCAAAUCAAGAAUCUCGACUAGCCUGCUAGCAGCUGCAGGGUAAAAGAGAUGCAUUCACUUCUCCUUUGGGAUUUGUGGUUGAGGGUCCAAUUGAACCUAGCUGUGGCUUGCAGCCCAGUGUCCCCUCCUUGGGAAGAACCGUGGGAAGUGGGUAUGUUCAAAGACAGACACCACUGGUAAGUGAUGGAUUGAUGAAUGAUCUGAUCUUACCUAAAGAGGUGUAAUGAUUGGGAGAUUGCUCUUGCUUCUAACCUGCAUGCAUACACGUGCACAUUUGCUAGGCUGGCGUAUUCUUGAACCAAUUUUAUCCAAGUGUAUUAUUCUGUUAAUUCAUAUCUUUUGCUUUUCCCCUGCCCUUCCAGUCCCCCAAAGGCCUUCUCUCUGAGCCAUUCUCCAGUCCCAUCUGCUUAUCAGUUCGGACUGUGAAUCUGCCAGAGUGAUCCUUUCUGUUAUUUCUCCUCCAAAUUUCCCCCUCAUGCUUCCAAUAAACUUCUUGGGUGUCCCCUUAAACAUGAGGAUGCUUUUAUGUCCUUCCAAACAAACAAACAUACCGUUCACCCUUCCUCUCCCAUCUCCCUCCAUUCUUUGUUCUCUGCUUUUCUCACUUGGAGCUAAUGAUACAUAGGAGGUUUUCUGCACAUCAGCCAUGAUUCCCGUUCCAGCUCCAUCCACCAACAAUGACUGCCACCACCACUCUUCUAGUUUCAAAGGCCCCUGGCCGUGCUAGUAGCCUCUCAGAGAUGAGGUUUGAAUGGUGGGCAUGUCUGACUUGUCCGUAGCCUGGCCAGGGAGACCAUGGGUAGCCAUGUCUAGCUUACUCAGUCUUUGUCCUGAGAGGUUUGACUAUUUCCAGCUAGAGACAGAGUGUCUUCCCAGAAGAAACUUCAGCCCAUUGCUGCCUUGCAGGAGGCGAUUCAGGAAAGGCACACUGACUGCAGGGAGCCUCUUAGAGCCUCUGACGUUCCCACAAAACCAGAAUACCAGAAUUGAGGAUGAGUGCAGAUCCUGCGCUCGCUAGACUCUCACCUUAACAUAUCUGACCUUGUCUUUCCUCCUUCCCACCCCACUGAAGCCUGGGACAGAUUCCAGCUGUCCUCUGGUGAAGAAGGCCAGGUAACGAGAGGUUGGAGGAAGGAGGAGGUAGAGGCUCAAGCAGAGGACACCAGGGGGCGGGCUGCAGGGGUGGGAGAGGGUUCUGGGAGGAUGCAGCAAUCCAAAAUAACUCCACUUCUGGCUAGAGUCCCUUGAGCCUUUGAAAGAUUGGGCCUGCCACCUAGCUGGCACCCAGGUAGGCCCACCGUCUCUCUGAGGAGGGAAGGAACAUGUUUCACCCUUGCGCCCCCCGCUCUUGGAGAAUAUACGGCCUGUUCUCACUGGACUCAUUCAGACCCCGGCUUUGGCUUCGUGGUUUCCCUCCCUCCAUUCUUCCCCUGCCUUGACCAUGAUCAGUUAGGGGUGAGAAGAGCUUAGAAGAACCACACUGUGGUCUUCAUGCCUCUCCCAUUUUAGGGGCUGAAUUUUGUCUUUUCUCCACUCAGUUCACUCUUCACUCCCGACUUUACUUCCACCACAGUUAGAGCACCAGAUGUAACUUUUUCAGCUGACUUGUGUGGGUUUACUUCAGUCCGUUGUAAAUACACCUGGGGCGGGAUAGGGACAUUUAGGGAGGGGGGGCCAGAUUCGCUUUGUGAAUUGAAUGUAUUUUUAUGCAAUUUUGAGUGGCCUUUCAACCCUGAGAUGAAUGAUUGUGUUUUACUGGUUGUUACUAUAUAGUAUUAUUAAGUAUUCUGUGUUUGAAAGUUUGGGAAUAAUAAUAUUCACAUCUAUAUGAUGCCUGUAAACACAACCAUAUUUAUAAAUGAGUAAAUAAAACCGUGUUUUAACUUUG